AUGUUUCGAUUGCUUCGAUCUAGCCUGAUACGGCUAUCGAAUGCCAGAAGUUAUUCCACAGGGCGCCCACAGAAAUGGACUCCCUUGCAUUGGGUGAUUAGCGGCCUACUUUUUACCGGCGGUGUUGCUGCUGGAGGGUAUUUCUCGGGGAGAGAAUCCGAUAAAAGGCUAAAGAAACUGGAAGGGCCCUCAGCCUUGACUCUUCAGCAAUUGCUGCGCUCGACGACUCCGUUGGACUCAGUAAAAACUCCACAGUACGCUGACGAUAAGGCCUUUGCUGAGGCAUUGGCUAAGAUCACGAAAAUCGUGGGUGAAGACAAUGUCAAGUCGGACAAGGCGGUACUUGUCGCUCACAACGAUACGCUGUUCGCAACACAUCAUCCACCUGACCCAGAGAAUCAAAGACCUAACUCGGUGGUGUUCCCAUCUUCUACGCAGCAGGUGUCAGAGAUCAUGAAAGUAGCUCAUGAGUAUAGGGUGCCAGUGGUGGCCAAUUCGGGCUUGACGUCGUUGGAGGGCCAGAACAUGCACACGAGAGGGCCCAAUUCCAUCUCUUUGGCGUUCGAAAACCUCAAUAACGUGCUAGAGUUCCAUCCAGACGACCUAUACGUUGUGGUGCAGCCUGGAGUAGGCUGGCAGGACCUAGACGACUACUUGCGUGACCGUGAGGAUGGAAAACACUUGAUGUUUGGUCCUGAUCCGGGGAUGGGCGCAGCCAUCGCAGGAAUGGUCGGCACCUCUGCAAGUGGCACCAACGCAUAUAGAUAUGGGACCAUGAAGGAGAACGUGGUCAACUUGACUGUUGUUCUUGCAGACGGUACAGUUGUAAAGACUCGCCAAAGACCCAAGAAAUCCAGCGCUGGCUAUGACUUGACCCAUCUCUUUAUUGGCUCCGAGGGCACAUUGGGGAUCAUAACAGAAAUCACUAUCAAGCUCCACCCUCGUCCCAAGGAGGAGCUUGUAUGUGUAGCCUCUUUUCCUACAAUUAAGGACGCAGCGUCCACAGCACAGAGUAUCAUCAACAAAUCUGGCAUUCAAGCAAACGCCUUGGAGUUACUCAACGAGACAACCGCUUCCUUUGUAAACGCAGCAGGCGCCCUGGAAAAGAAGUUCCUAGAGAAGCCUACCUUGCUUAUAAAGGUUGGCGGGGUGACUCAUAGCACCGUGAAAGAGCAAUUGGAUGUGAUCGAGAGAAUUGGCAAGGAGCACAACGUCAUACAAUUUGAGAAAUCCCUGAAUGAAGAAGAAAACGAGAUUCUUUGGACUGCAAGGCGUCUGGGGCUUUGGCUGACUUUGGACUACGGGGCAAAAGUGUUGGCGGACCCUAACGAUGUCAACGUGUGGACGACUGACGUGGCUGUGCCAGUAUCUAAAUUGGCACAAGUCGUUGACGAAACCAAUGAAGAUUUGACCAACUCCAUUUUUAAGGGCAAGUUCUCCGUCAUGGGCCACGUUGGAGAUGGCAAUUGUCACUUCUUGAUUCUUUACAAUACCCCGGACUACAUGGAGGCAAAGAAGUAUGUCGACAGAAUGGUGGAGCGUGCCAUCAAAUUUGACGGCACUUGUACAGGUGAGCAUGGAGUUGGUGUGGGCAAAAGAGGGUAUUUGGAGCCAGAGCUCGGCAAAAACGCCGUGGACUUAAUGAGACACUUGAAGUAUGCCUUGGACCCAAAAGCUAUUCUUAAUCCAGAUAAAGUGGUUCAAAUUGACCCUAACGACACUAUUGAGGAGCAGCUUAAUUCAGGCCAUGUGCACGAAGUACAAAAGUGCUGCUAG